AUGUCAGAUGUUGACAUAGAAGACACAAUAAACAGAAUUAAAAAUCACAAAUCAGUCUAAGGAAUUGUGAUUGUAAAUAUCGAAGGUGCUAUUACUAGGACUACUUAUUUAAAUGAGAAAAAGGAUGAGGGUGAUACAAUUGCUAAAUCUAUUCCAAUUUUGGCAUAAAAGGCAAGAUCUUUGGUUAGAGAUUUAGAUCCAACAAAUGAUUUAGCGUUUUUAAGAAUAAAAUCAAGAUAAAAUGAGAUUUUAAUAGCUCCUGAUAAAGAUCUAUUAUUGAUUGUUAUAUAAGGACCUAAAAAAUAGGGAGAAGAUGAUUAAUGA